AUGGCUUUUAGUGCAGUUCAGUAUAUUAUGUUUGUUUAUAGUAAGUUAUCGAUUAAAAAAAGUGUGAGUUUCUGGUUUGACAAUUUAUUUGUUAAUUAUAAUAGAAGCUUUUAUAGGGUAUGUGCUGGUGUGGGCACAGAUAAUUUAGGUGAUCCAGAAAUGUUUAUUGAGGCCAACCCUAUAAUAAGACCGGUGCACAUUGUGCCAGAGUUGUUUGUGGUGUUGUUUAUUGCUUUUGCAUGGGGCAAAGACAUUAGAAUAGAGGGGUUAAGGGGGUAUCAUAAUUUUUUUGUUAUAGACGGGUUUAAGUUUGGUGUAAUGUUGUUUAUUUUCAUUUUUUUUGAUGCUGCUUUAGUGCCUGUGCAUGAGUUGGGGGAAAGUUGGUCGCCUAUAGGAUUACAUUUAGUUAAUCCAUUUGGUGUGCCGUUGUUAAAUACAAUUAUUUUGUUAAGAAGCGGUGUAACAGUUACGUGGGCGCACCAU